AUGUCAACAAACUCCAUUUCUUCAUAUGGAUCCAGCUGCUCAUGGACAGCGAAGCAGAACAAGUUAUUUGAAACAGCUCUUGCUGUGUAUGAUCGAGACACCCCUGAUCGAUGGCAGAAUAUUGCUAGGGCAGUGGGUGGGAAGUCUGUAGAAGAAGUGAAAAGGCAUUAUGAGGUGCUUCUUAAAGAUCUUAGGCACAUAGAGUCUGGAUAUGUUCCUUCCCCCAAUUACAGACGUUAAUCAGACUCUAGAUUUCAUGACAAUCAUCAGCAUUCUGUCAAAUGAUGAGUUGUGAAGAAGUUGCAAAGUUCGAUUUUAGGAGUAUAUUGUCUAGUGAAACAAAAAUGUACAGAAGAGUGAAGUAGAAGUACCAGAUUCAGAAUAAUAUAUUCUCUCUCUGAGCGACUGAGUCUGUGCGAUUGAGUCGAUUGGGAAAGGAGGGGUGUGGAGUGUGAGUUUGAUGCAUUUCUUUUGUGAAGUUUGAUGUUGAAUUUCUUCUAUGUAUACAUGAUAAUCAUGAAUCAAAUGUAAUGAUUGCUAUAUAAAACAAAUUACGAAGUGAAAUCGCAAUCGGCGUCGCCAAUUUACUCGA